GCAAGGAAUGACAAGGAAGAACAAAAAGACUGACAAUGAGCAGAAUUUUCAAUAAUGUUAAGCGAUAAAUAUCGAAUAAACCGUAGCAGUAUUGAGUAAUAAAGUACAAAAUAAAAUGAAAAGGCAGAAUGUGCUGUGAUGACAAUAUCAAUUCACAAACUGUUUAAAAUGGAUAGGAAAAUGUUUACAAUUACUAUUAUUUAGAUGUGAUGUCGGGCCACACUCAGGGUACCCCGGCGAGGGUACGGAAAUCAUCACCGAGUUCCAAACAGGGCCCUUUGAAGGCUACGGUACCUAUGUCUUCAUUACUGAAGAAUUCUAACAACCUAAGAAGAAACAGUCCGAAUUUAUCACCUACUUGUAGUUGGAAAAAUCGUUUUUCUCCGGAUCGUUCAUCAGGUCAGAGAAGUCCUGGUUCUGCUUCAUACAGAGGUAAAUCAGAAUCAUUAGAGCAUGCUACAACCUCCGACGUUAUUAGGAGGACAGCAUCUUUAGAUACAAUUUAUUUAAAAGGACAGUGGCCAAGAGAUAUGCUAUAUUGGCAGCAUAACUUUUUGCAAGUCGAUAAAGCCACCCAGACUGAUGAGGCAGAUUUACUAGAUGCCAGAAAAAUGCAUGUUAUAGCUGAAAAUAGUGAGGAUAAACUUGAGAAAGUAAUUAUAAGGCAAAGAUUACAGAGAAAUAAUAAGGAUUCUACAGGCAAACAUUUGGUAUCUCCUAGCAACUUAGCAAUGGCAGGUGAUCAUUCACUUGUUUUACCAAGUACUAGCUCACAAACAAGUGCAUCCUUUUUAGUUUCACCUAUUUCAAAGGCAAAUCCAAUCAAUAUACCCCUUAAACCUAUACCAAAACCUACAAUACGCAGUUCAGUUGAGGGUCUUAAUCAAGAAAUAGAACGACUGGUUUUAAGAACUUCUUUAUCUGGUUCAGAUUAUUUUGAUAAAAAUGAAGACUUUGGAAAGUUUUGUCAAGUGGUUCCUGAGGGUCAUAGGGCACCAUUGGCUGAAAUUUUUAGAACAACAAGAUCUGUAAACACACAGACGCCUGUGAAAGGAGAAUUCACUGGAAGUUGCCAUUCUUCAGGCCCUCCUUCUAGAGAGUCAGCUUCCCCUUUAAUACCUGGUCAUUUGGAUUCAUCACCUGGAGACACAGGUUUUUGUGGAAGUCAAGGUUCAAGUCCUGACCACGAAGGUGGUAAAUUAGGUACGUCACCGCAUAUCAAUCGAUUCUUAGCUCGUGAGCCUCCAGAUGGUUGUGAAAAGGUCCAUUUGAAAUCUUUAAACGAGAAGCGAGAUUUAACAUUGGACAGUGGUCCGCAGCCCUGCAGUUUCCAGCUCAAGCCAAGCUUAGGUUCGGCAUUUCAGUUGUUGCAACCGAGUUCAAAUUCGUCUCCUGACCGAGAAUUACCGCUAGUGCCCUCUCAGCCAGACUUUGUAUAGUUUGUUGUUGAAAUAGUAGUUUUCUAAAGAUCGUUUUAUAUAUACAUAUUAUUCUGUUGAAUUUUGUCAUUGCAAUGAAAAAAUUGAACUAAAUUUUGAGAAGUUGAAGUAUGGAUAUUUUUCGAAAAAGUAUUUAAACAAAUAGGUUGUAAGUUAUCACAAAAUUGCACUGCCUUUGGUCUUUAAACGAACUUUUGCGUUGGCUUUUAUUUUUCAGUAAAGCGGUCUUUAAAACAGUCCCGAGAACAUCUCACACUAACCAACACAACAAUAUUGUAAUAUUGUAAUGUAACUUAUUUUCGCAGAUUUAUAUUUGAAAAACACCAAUGAUCAUAUUCUCAUUUUUAAAUAUUUCCUUACAUUAACUUUGGGCAUAUUGAAUGUUUUUUUACUAAGUCCUAAGUUAGUAACUGGAACUUCUAUUGGGUAAUUAAUACUUUCGUGCGAAUUUAUUAUCACUUAGUGUGAAAUGUUCCUUAAUUUAAGUAUAAGUAUGCACGUCACAACAAUUUUUUACAAGUAUUUCAAACACUUUCUUGCUUAAAACACAAUUCGCGUUCAAAUAAUAUUGUGUAUGUCUACACUUUAGUAGACAAUAAUAAUUAUUAUAGUAAAACAUUUCAAUCUAUUUCGGUUCUUCAAGGUAUUCCUGUUCCUAAAUAUGCAUACAGCUAAUUGCCUCAACGAAUACUACUAAAAAAUUGUUGUAUGUCUGCGAAUAAUGUCUCAUUUAAACAACAGGUUCUGUAGUUGAUAAUUUUGUACAUUCCGUAUAGGAAAGUUUACUUAGAGGUAUGGUCAGUGCUUCAAAUCACAUCUGUUUAUAUACAUUGUGAUUUUCUUACGAUUAGAUAUAGAACUUGUUCAUUAACAAUUAUAAACAUUAUCAAAGGAAAAGCGAUUGUUAUUAGAAAAGUGAAAAGAAAAAAAAUGUUUCUAAUGAAAUACGAUGGGUAGCACUGAUCACCACAUUGUGUUGUGGAAUGGACUGCAAGAAGCUGUGAUCUUUUUAAAGGGUAUACAUUUACAGAACCACUUGUUAGCUCGUGUGUUUUAAUACAGAGUAUUUUAAUUGUUUGUACCUUUUUGUAGAGCAGUAUGGCCAGGUUAGUUUACUAAAUGUAAUCUCUUUGUUAUUUAUAGAAAUAUGUUACCUUCAUUAGGCAAAAAAUUAAUAUGAGCAUCGGUAUUCAUUUGUAACGUAAAUGCAUUGAAAGGGUAUAACAAAGCUUUUCAUAAAAUUAAUAUUACAUGUAUAUUUUUUCCCUCUAAUUUGCAGUAAUGUAGUAAUUGUUUAUUUCGUUUUCAGUCUCAGUAAAUUUGAAGAAGUUUCAAUGUAAAGAACAUUACAUACCUACUUAUAUGUAUAUCUUUGAUUUGCAAGUAUUUAUAUUUAAGGAAAACUUACGUUAUGAAAUGAAUACGAAUUUUUAAAUUGUCCACAGAUUUUUGUGUAUCAAAAUUUUUAUAGUUUAAUUUUUUAGUACAAAUGCUGUGAUGUUUUUAUUUUUAAACUUUCUUGUAACCUUUGUGAUACUUUUUGUAAGGCCUUAUCUUGUCGUUAUCCUCUUGGAACUAGGAGCAGCAUUUAUAAGCCAAAGAAAUUUAUUAAAAGUGCAAUUUUCUGUGGACAUUACAUUCUAAUACAUGUAUGUUAGACAUAUCUAAUAAAUGGACUGACAAUUA